AUGGAAACAGAAUAUAGAGUAGCUACACUUGAAUAUAGAGUAGUUCUAUUUGGUAAGACUGGUAUAGGGAAGAGUUCUGUAGGAAAUAGUUUGCUUGGGAAGACAAUCUUCCAAUUUACUUCUUAUGCGUCUUCCGCAACAGAGUGGUGUAAAAUGGGAGAGGCUCAAACCUCAAUUGGUAAAUUGUUGGUGGUCGAUACACCAGGUCUGUUUGAUACAGAUAAACCUAAGGGUGAAACAAUUGAAGAGCUGAUCAAAUCUAUUGCAGUAGUAGCACCCGGUCCACAUGUAUUUAUUUUUGUUUUAACUGUGGCCAGGUUCACAGAAGAAGAUAUUAAAAGUGUGGAUAUUAUGAAAAAGAUUUUGGGAGAAGGCACUAUGCAUCAUAUUAUUGUUGUGUUUACCAGAAAAGACCAGCUUGUAGAUGAUGGUGUUACAGAAGAGGAAUUCAUGGCCAAAACUCCAGGGUUUUUAAAACAAUUACUGAAAGAUGUCAACAACCGAUAUGAAUUUAUUUGUAAUCGACAAAAGAACAGUAGUCACCAACAAGACGUAGAAAAUGUCCUGUCACUCAUUAAGAAAACAGUUGAACAAAACAGUGGUAACUUUUAUACACAAGACAUGUUCGAGGCUACAGAAAAGGUGAUACAGCAAGAAAUCCGAGAAAGUCAGAAGACAAGACAAGAAAUUAAAACUGCUAUUGUUAAUAACGAACCAGGUAUUUUGUCUAAAAUAAUUGAUGGCGUCAUUGAAAUUAUUAAAGUCUCAUUACCCCAUUUGAUUACUACUAUUGGGGAAUAUUUCCUGACAAGACAAAAAAGAAUCAUGUAA